AUGUCGUCUCUCUCUCGGGCCUUCACCACCCGUCGGGUGAAGAACAGCAUCGACCUUUCCGACGCCGCACGGGGGAAGGAGCGCAGCACCGUUCUGCAGCGAAGCAAGACUACCAAGGGCCAGCCCGUCGUCAGGCACAAGAUCUCUGCGCCCAUGGAGCUCGUUCAUACUACCAACAUGCUGUCAUACAACGCCCCCGAUAUUCUACCCCGAACCGGAACCGAUACCUCCAGCAACUCGUCGAGGAAGUCGUCAGAUGAGGACUCGGAAAGCGCCAAGUCGGCCGCCUCUUCUCCCCCGACCAGCCCCGAUGUUGCGCCUCACGAACUGUCCAAGGAGCCGAACCACCUGUCCUGCUAUUUCGUCGCGCCAGGUUCAGCCAUCAACUCAUCCACCAUCCCCGACGUUCCUGUCCUUCCCACCAUUCCCAAGCGUGCGCCCACGCACACGAAGCAGGCUUCAUAUGACGCCGUCGCCCGCCAGCGUUCCCUCUCGCAAAUGUCCAAGGCCUCAGACAAGACGGUUUCCUCCAAGGCCAGCAUGACAUUCUCCUCAAGGGCCUCGUCUGGCUCUAGCGCAGCCUCCACAAUGUCUCACCACUCAGUCGCACCCGCGCUCAAGACCCCCGUACCGCCAAUGCCUACGCCUGCAUUCCAGCACCAGCCGAGACAAGAGAAGGUUGCCGAAUCGCACCCCUUCGGCCGCGAACUGGCCCAGGUCACAGAGAUCGCCGAGGAGUUUGGCAUCAAGGACGAUGUCAUGUAUGAAGAGGAGCGCGCUCUCAAGGCCGAGGGCCUCUGCAAGUUCGCCGCAGAGGACUACCUGUCCGAAGUCCAAAGCCUCGUCACCAGCUUUUUCACCGACAGCCACACAGCCCAACGCUCGAUGGCUGCCGCAUGGAUCUGA